AACAAUUCUAUUCACCUGAAAACUAAUAACAAUGGCUUCUAGUUUCUUCACUAAAACUCCUUCACUCUCUGCGAUUUUCUCGAUUUACACAUCUCUCUCCGCCUUCACGAUCCUCUUCCGAACCCUUCUCCAUCAGAUCAUUCCCGUCCAAAUCCGUGACUUUAUCAUCUCCAAGUUCACAGACUACUUCUCAGCUUAUUUCAACUCCAAUUUCACAUUCAUCAUCGAGGAACAGUGUGAUUACGUAACGAAUCAGACUUUCCGUGCAGCUCAAGUUUACUUGCCAACUCUUCUCUCAAGAAUCUCCACUGGAAGUCUCCUCGUCAGUUCAAGCAACCUCAAGAAUCCGAUGGCUAAACCUAAAUUCGGGAUCCCGGUUAAAGCCAAACUCAUCGAUGAAUUCGAAGGGAUUCAUCUUGAAUGGACUCUUUUCUCUGCAAAAGACGAUACUUCUUACAUGAGUAGACAAAAACGGUACUUUCAUUUGACGUGUAGGAAGGAGUUCAGAGACAAGAUAAUGUCAGAUUACUUCGCAUACAUUGCGAAAUCGUCGGUGAAGAUAUUAACACAACGAGACAAUCUCAAUAUCUACAAUUACAAUCCAGAAUAUAAAAGAUGGGAAUCAGCAAUCUUCCAACAUCACACGACAUUUGAAACCUUAGCAAUGGAACCUGAGCUCAAGAACACAUUGAUCCGUGACCUAGACGCUUUCUCCAAUGGAAAAGACUUCUUCAAAACCGUAGGGCGAGCUUGGAAACGUGGUUAUCUUCUUUACGGUCCGCCUGGAACCGGAAAAUCAUCACUUGUUGCCGCAAUUGCUAAUCACAUGAAUUAUAGUAUCUAUGAUCUUCAACUUCAGAGUGUUAAAGAUGAUGCAAUGCUUAGACAGAUUCUUACUUUGACUGAAAACCGCUCGAUUCUUCUCAUUGAAGAUCUUGAUUGCAGUAGUGGAGCAGAUGCUAGAAAGGAGGACAAAGAAGAUGACGAGAAUCAGACUAAGAAGAAUAAUCCUAAGGUAACUUUGUCUGGUCUACUAAACUUUGUAGACGGAUUAUGGUCAAGCUGUGUAGAGGAACGGAUCAUAAUAUUCACAACGAACCAUAAGGAGAAACUCGAUCCGGCAUUGCUGAGACCAGGAAGAAUGGAUGUUCACAUACUCAUGGAUUAUUGCACGCCUUUUGUUUUUAAGAAACUCGCUGCAUUGUAUCUUGGAAUCGAAGAGCAUGACAUGUUUGAGCCUAUUGAGAAGAUGUUACUUGCGGUGAAAGCAACUCCAGCUGAGAUUACAGAGCAACUUAUGGUGAGCAAGAAUCCGGAUGUUACGCUUAAGGGUCUUAUUGAGUUUCUUGAAAGCAAGAAGAUUGGCUAAGGAAAUCAAGAAGCAGAAGCAUGAAGCUCCAAAGAGAGUUUAAUUAUCACCAAGUAGUAACUAACUACUUUAGUAGCUCUUUGUCUCAGUUUCAUAUUUAGGAUUUAUCUUUUAGUAAUUUUGUCCACAAGCUUUGUUUCAGAAACUCUUGAAGUUCCUAUCUUAACCUAAAUAAA